UGGUUCAGCCCGUGCACAAGUGCAGCUCCCAGUCCCCUCUCCCCAUAUCCCGUGUCUCUGCAGUGCUCGCCCCCGUGUCCUCCUGUGCCCGCGCUGUGCUCCGUUCCCCCGGUGGUGCCGCCUCCUGUCCCCCCCCUACACGCCGUGGUACAAUCCAUCAGCUGCUGAGCCUGUGCACCACUGUGUCCCUUCCCCGGCCGCCGGCUCCUUCCCUGAUCUGAACAACUGCUGGAAUCCACCACCGCCCUCCGGACUUCCCUAGAGCCACACUUGUCAGCCUCCCACUCGGUGAUGGGGCCCCACGCGGGCCCCGGGAUGUUACUGCUUCUCCUCGGCUUCCUGCGGAUCAGUGCGGCCAAAUAUGUGCGGGGAAACCUCAGCACCAAGGAGGACUGGGUAUUUCUUACACGAUUCUGUUUCUUGUCAGAUUUUGGUCGCCUGGAAUUUAAAUUUAAAUAUCCAGAGGCAAAAUGCUGUCAAAACAUACUACUUUAUUUUGAUGAUCCUUCCCAGUGGCCGGCUGUGUACAAGAAGGACAACAAGGAUUGUUUGAUGAAGGAAUCUGUCAUCCGUCCAGAGAACAACCAGGUCAUUAAUUUAACAACGCAGUAUGUUUGGUCUGGAUGUCAGGUGAUAAAGGAGGCCGGGCAGAGUUAUUUGAGCUGUAAUAGCGGAAGAAGUUUCCGGUCUGUGCGUGAGAGAUGGUGGUAUAUUGCGCUCAGCAAGUGUGGUGGGGAGGGGCUGCAGUUGGAAUAUGAGAUGACUCUCACAAAUGGCAAAUCAUUCUGGACACGGCACUUUUCUGCAGAUGAAUUUGGGAUCCUAGAGACCGAUAUCACCUUCCUUGUAAUCUUCAUUCUCAUCUUGCUGCUGUCAUGUUAUUUUGGCUAUAUUUUGAGGGGUCGGCAGCUUUUACACACCACUUACAAAAUGUUUAUGGCAGCAGCUGGAGUCGAGGUUCUCAGCCUGCUGUUAUUCUGUGUCUACUGGGGCCAAUAUGCGCAAGACGGAGUUGGCAGCAGCAGCAUCAAAGUUCUAGCCAAACUCCUGUUCUCUGCCAGUUUCCUGAUAUUUCUGCUGAUGCUGAUCCUUCUGGGAAAAGGAUUCACUGUUACCAGAGGUCGCAUUAGUCACCUGGGCUCCAUCAAGCUGUCUGUAUAUAUGACACUGUAUACGGUGACGCACACGGUGCUUUUUAUACAUGAGGCACAGUUCUUUGAUCCUGCUCAAGUCUUGUACACGUACGAGUCCCCAGCGGGAUACGGUAACAUUGCGUUACAGUUUCUUGCCUACAUUUGGUUCUGUUACGCUGUGCUGGUGACUCUUAAACACUUUCCAGAGAAACAGGCAUUUUAUGUGCCCUUCUUUGCAGCUUAUACUCUCUGGUUCUUUGCAGUUCCGGUCAUGGCUCUGAUUGCAAAUUUCGGGAUCCCUAAAUGGGCACGUGAGAAAAUUGUGAAUGGGAUCCAGCUGGGAAUCCACCUGUACGCACAUGCAGUCUUUCUGAUCAUCACGAGACCUUCAGCAGCCAAUAAAAACUUUCCCUAUCACGUGCGCACCUCUCAGAUUGGGAUUAUGGAACAGAGCACCGAGAAGUUCCCCCAUCACGUGUAUGGAAAUGUCACCUUUAUCAGUGAUUCUGUCCCCAACGUCACCGAGCUUUUCUCGAUUCCAAGCAGCAAUGGGAGUGAUGGAGGGAUAACUAAGCCUGUACCGUACCCUGUAUCUCUUGGGCAGUGCUAUUCACAAAUAACCACUGACUCUCAUCAUGUGAUCAGCCCCCCAAUACUGAACGGCGUUCCUGGAGUUCAGAAGGUGCCAGUGGGAGAAACACAGCUUGGUGUGCUUCAGCAACUGCAUGCCCCUCAGAUACAUCAUCAGAAUGGGUUCCCUGAAUAUUUCAGCAUCCGCUCUGCAGGACCGCAACCCAUGUAGAGUCAUCAUUGGCAGUGGGAACCUGCUGCACAUUGUGGUCCAACAUGAGCCAAAAUGGACCUUCUAAAGCCACACAUAGACUGAUUUUCUGAGCCAGAUACCCUGCCUGUGUGUAAAUGUUGGAAUAAAUGAGAAAGGGUGUGUGAGUAGGAAUGUGUUGGUGUACACUACUUGCUGUUAUGUAUGUGUCAGUAUGUGCUUGCGUUUGUAGCCCUUUCUUUUGGAAUAUGUGGAUUGUCCUUAAUAUUUCCAUUACAUAUGUCUUUGAUAAUUUCUAAUGCCGAUUACCUUUUCCAUUUGCAUCUCCCUAUAGUUCAGGUAUUUUUUUUUCUGUGCCUAUUUAUAUUUUCAAACCCCAUUGCAGCUUUACUUUGUUUAUUUUUGUAAGUAGCUUUUAGCCCCUGUUUAUUUUCUGAAAGCGAAUUCCUGUGUCUCUUUGUAUCAUCAGCUUUUAUCAUAUCUGUAGUUCCUUGUCUCUCUGUAUCAGGUCUGUGUUGUUUCCUCUUUUCCCCCAUACCAAGUCUCUGUAGAUUUGUAUCCCUAUGUAAGUUCUAUAUAUGUCAUUUGCUCUCUUCUCAUGUCAUCUUUCAGUAAUUUCCUCUCUCUGUGUGUAUCACAUGUGUAGUCUCUACUUAUAACAUACUUGUAGUUUCCUCUCUCUUUGCAUCAUCUCUCUGUAGUUUCCUGCCCCACACAUAUCACACCUGUAGUUUCCUCUCUCCUUCUGUUAUCUCUGUAGUUUCCUGUCUCUACAUGUAUCAUAUCUGUAGUUUCCUGUCUACUUAUAUCAUUCAUAUAGUCUCCUCUCUCAUUUUAUAAUCUAUCUGUAGUUUCCUGUCUCUACAUGUAUCAUAUUUGUAAUUUCUUCUCUCCUUGUAUCAUAUUUCUGUAGCUUCCUAUCUCUACAUGUAUUAUACAUGUAGUUUCCUGUCUCUACAUGUAUAAUAUCUAUAGUUUCCCAUCUUUCCAUGUGUCCUAUCUCUGUAGUUCACUCUUUUUCCUGUCAUCUCUUUAGUUCAUUGUUUCACCAGUUUCAUGUUUGUAGUCUCCUAUCCUAUCCUUCUAGUUUUCUUUCUCCUGCAUGUCAUCUCUUUCUAGCAUCUAUUUUCCUGUCUCACCAUAUUAAUAUCUCCUGUCUCUCCAUAUGUUGUAUCUCUGUAUUUUCCUGUUUAUCCCAUAUCAUCUGUUCCUAGUGUCCUAUGUAUUUCUUUAGUUAUUUAUCUCAUAUUUUUAUAUCUGUUUACACCUGUCUCUCCAUAUGUCCUAUCUCUGUAGUUUCCUAUACCCGUGUCAUGUCUCUAUAUUUCCCUGCCUCUAACUUUGUCAUAGCUCUAGUUUCCUCUCUUUCUUGUCGUCUAUCUAGUUCCUUGCCUCAUCUUUUUCGUAUCUGUAGCCUGCUAUCUUCUCCAUAUGUUCUACUUCUGUAGUUUCCUCUCUCCCCUGUAAUCUCUUUCUAGUUCCUGUCUCUCCUUAUGUCUUAUUUUUGCAGUUUACUCUCUUCAUAUUUGUAGUUUCCUUUCUGUCAUGUCCUAUAUCAGUAGUUUUUAUACUAUGUCUGUAGUUACCUGUCUCUGCAUCCAUAUCUGUAGUUUCCUCUAUUAGUCUGUUUCAUCAUCUUCCUGUAAUUUCCUACUUCCCCCAUGUCAUUUCCUUGUAAUUUCUUUCUUACCCAUGUAAUUUCCCUGUCGUCCCUCUGCCUACUUUUGCCAUCUCUGUAGCUUCCCAUCUCCCUUGCACCAUCUCUUUAUAGUUUUGGGUGACUUUUUCCUUCCAUGACUCUCAUGACUUACUAAUUACUUUUCAUUUUUACCUCAGUUUGUUUCCUUACUUCUUACUUUUUACUUUUUGUUAUCAAUCUCUAUUAGACUCUUCCUGCAGUUUGUAAUUUACUAUCUGAUCUUCCAAGUCUUUCCUGGUGCACCUGUGGGGAGGUUUGGUCUCUUUCUUUUGUAUUUGAUGAUGGAUUCCUGUCUUUUCCUGAUCCGCUUCCUCCCCGGAGUCCUGACUUUUUGUUCCACUUGUUAUAGUUUCCUCUAGCUGUCUUUAUGACUGUUUUUAGUUUCUUGUCUUUAGUUAUGCGGGCUAUCUGCUGUUUCUGGUUAUUCUAACUGCCUGUAUUUCCAAGUAUUUCUCUGUUCCUGAUGAUUACUGUCUUAGGAAUUACUAGUUUCCUCUGUCUCUUUGUUUCCUCUGCCUGUAUUUUUCUUCUAUGUAUAGUUUCCUAGUGUAGUUUUCUCCCUCUUUUCCGCCUGUAUUUUUUGUCUCUCUUUCUCUUCUCAGUUACCUCUGCCCCCUCUUCGUGUCAAUGAUAUUAUUUGCCUGUACCUGCUGCCCAUGGUCUCUGUUCCAACCUACAUUCCUUUAUUGUGUCUCUCUAGAUCAGGGGUCCCCAACCUCUUCUACUUGUGAGCCACAUUCAAUUGUAAAAAGAGUUGGGGAGCAGCACAAGCAAGAACAAAAAUUUCCGUUUCUUGUGGUGCCAAAUAAGGUCUAUGAUUUUCUAUUUGGUAGCCCCUGUGUGCACUGGCAGCCAACUGGAGGCUCUGUAUGACUGUACACCUGAUUUUAUGCAACCAAAACAUGACUCUAAGCCAAGAUUCAUAAAUAAGCACCUACUUUGAGGGCACUGGGAGCAACAUCCAAGGGGUGCUGAGCCACAUGUUGCUCGCGGGCCACUAGUUGGGGAUCACUGCUCUAGAUCUAUGGUACUUCUCUUCUUUUCACCUAGUUGUAUUUUUGUUUCCCACUGCCUUUGGUUUCUUGUCUCUUCAUUCUACCUAAAUUCGUCCCAACAUACUCCUCUGUGCUGCCUUUGUUUCUCUAUUAUAUCUGCAUGUUGCCUGCCUGUGUUUCAUCUAAUGGUUACCUGUAGUUUGUUGCGUAUCUUCUUAUUUCCUCUCUUUAGCUGUCUAUGUCUCGCAACCCCAACCAUCUCUUGAUUCCCCUGUCUCCACUUUCUGUCUCUUCUCCACAACUGUCAGCUGCCCAUGUGUCUUUACCCCAGCCAUCUCUUGUUUCUUAUCUCUCCAAUUUUUUGUCUCUUCUUCCCAACUAUCUAUAUGCCCAUGUCUCUCCACACUGAAGCCAUUUAUAAAUUCGUGUAUUUGUUUUCGUGUCUCUCUUCUUUUCAGCUGUCUUUGGUGUCCCAUAUCUCUCCAUUUCCCUUUGGAUUUUUCCUACUUCUUAGUUGCCUGUAGUUUCUUCUCACAGUUGAUGCACUUAAGGUCCCAAGAUGAUUUUCCUCAGACUUUCUACAGGUCCUUCUUGCAUUAUUACUUUAUUUAUUUUUAUUUUAUUUAUUUUACAUGCAAUAGGGCUCAUUUAUUAACUCAAGUGCAAAGUGAAAAAUGCAUUCAAAAUUGCACCAAUCAGAUGCUAUUCACAAAGGUAUUAUCUGCGUUCGUGCACUCUCCUCUGCACAUUGCUUCUUCUUUGCAGAAAAACUUGAUACAAGACAGCCCAGGAAUUACAUCCAGAGAUUUUCUUUUGUUUAUUGCACCUACACAUGCAACGGACACUGUGCUAAUUGCCAUGUUGGGAAUUACAUUCUUUUCACCCCUGUUGAUGCAAGCAACUUUUGCAUAAUUUACCAGUGCAGAAAAAUAAAGUACAGUUAGUACAGUGGUAAAGUACAGUCAAUUUGCAGCACAUGCCCACAAGAAUGGACACAUUAUGAAUUUUGCACUUUUUUUAGUAGCUGAGGCCUAAUUGCUGCAUGCACUUUCCUGCAGAACAUUCUUUAUAUUUCAGUUUCGUAUUUUCUAUUCUUACCACUAGACCUUACACAUGCUGAUGAAUGGGAGUCUUUUCUUGGAAGUAUAGCUGCUGAUGUGUAGGGUUAGGUAGUGUGUGUGUCUAAACAUAAAGUCUGACUCUGUACUAAGUAAAGCAGCACUAUAGAUAUAGCACAUACAGAGCGGAUAUUAAUGUAAAAGGGGGCGCUAUGGCACAUAAAUACGUUUACGCCUGUAAGCAUGUUUUCUAAUCUUUUUCUUUUUGCCUCUUGUUACCUCUGAUAGAAUUGUGUUUUUUAUAGUGAAGUUGAAUCCCCAGAAGGUGGUGUAAUGCAGCCCUGUGCUACCUUGUUAACCCCCCAACUGUACAUGUACGUUUUGUCUGUACAGGGAGCCACAUGUUCAUAACAUCUAAUGAUUAGGCUUUUUAUAACUUACUGGCAUGUUAGGAUUCUGGAGUUCAAAGUGACCUUACAUUGUCAUCUGUUACUUACAAGAACCCCACUACAACUUCUCUCUUCUAACAGUGGGAGAUCUUAGCCACUCAUGUCUGCUGAUCAUUUGGUGCACCCUGUUCAUUUCAAGUGCUUGGUCUUCAUUUUACAGCUGCUGAAACUCCUCAUAAAACUUACAAGAAGUCAAGCUUAUUGACUUGCAAAAUAAAUAUCAUUUUUAUAUACA